AUGUGUAAACUGUGCAACCUGUUCUCCCCACACCCAGCACAGCUCCUCUCCCACGUGUCUGAGAAGCACCACACAGAGGGGCUCAACCCUGAUGACAUCAUUGUGGCCCUCAUGCCAUUGACAGCUCCACUGGAGAAGGGUGGAGGUGGAGGUGAGCACCUCUUCAAAGCAGCCAGGGCUACUAAGGGUGGAGGUGGAGGUGAGCACCUCCUCAAAGCAGCCAGGGAUACUAAGGGAGGAGGUGGAGGUGAGCACCUCUUCAAAGCAGCCAGGGAUACUAAGGGUGGAGGUGAGCACCUCUUCAAAGCAGCCAGGGAUACUAAGGGAGGAGGUGGAGGUGAGCACCUCUUCAAAGCAGCCAGGGAUACUAAGGGUGGAGGUGGAGGUGAGCACCUCUUCAAAGCAGCCAGGGAUACUAAGGGUGGAGGUGAGCACCUCUUCGAAGCAGCCAGGGAUACUAGGGCAUUGCAACAACCGACUGUAUUAUCAUGUUUCUUUGUUUUUCACCAAAGGUGAACGAUCUGAAUAAUUGGCUACUGAGUGCCUCGGUAGUCCUUCAAACAUUUGUAACUGAUUGUAAUCCGAUUUUGACAGCUCUUUUUAAUCCAGGACUAGGCUUAAUUUGUGUCUGGGAAACCGGCCCUAUAGGUCUGUCUGUUUCUAAUAGAGUGAUUGAUGGCAGUGAUCAUAUUUCCCCCACAGAUAGCCCUGUCAAGAGGAAACGAGGACGUCCUAAGGGCUCAACCAAGAAGAUUGUAGCUGUUGGGCACAUGACAGAGACUACUAGCCCCAACCAGAAGAAGCAGAAACAACAGACAGUAGAGGCCCAAUCAGAAGCUGGGCCAGUGGAAGAACCAGAGGACGACAAUGCUCUGGACUGUAAGAAGUGCAACCGUGUGUUCGGCAACAAGCGACAGAUCAUGAAACACAUCUGCUUGAUAGACCUCAGAGAGGAUGGGGGAAGAGGAGGACAA